CCCAGCCAGAGGGACUGCGAGACUCUACCUAGCAGUCCGCCAGCCCUCCAGGGCAAGAUGGAGAGGCUGAGGCAGAUCUUCAGAAAGAGGAUGGCAAGAAUGGCCCCGGGACAGGAGAAGGACAGGAAGAAACCUGAGGAGGAGGAGCAGGUCGGCCACCACCAGGCAGAGGCUGCAUCAAGGAAGGGCAGGUGGUGGCACUGUCUCGUGGGCUGGACAAGAAGGGCACCUCCAGCAGCCACAGAAGAGCAGGGAGAGGAGCCAGUCAGGCCCCGAUGGAGGUGGCCCAGGAUACAGCUGGGCAGGCAGGGCCCAGCACCAACAGAGACCCCGGCACAGCCCCCGCGCAGCUCCAGCCCCAAACUCAGCAGCCAGGACCCCAGCGCUGAAGCCCAGCCGAAGGCCACUCCACGUGUGGCCUGGGAGGAGAAGCCAGGCUCCCCAGGGCAGGAGCUGCACAGGCCCUGCUUCAAGCUGGGCUCCAGCUCCUCCAGGGAGGACAGCGACAGCCCCCAGGAGGCUGUGGGCCUCCAGCAACAUGCUGCCACCGCCAGAGAUACAGUCCUGCCCUUCUACAAGGCAGAGGAAGAGCAGAGGGAGGACUUCACCUACCUGGAGGAAGCCGCCCUCUCAGUCAUCCUACGGCACCUCCAGAGCACGGACCAGACUGUGAAUGAGGGGCUCACUUUCCUCCGUGCCAUCCCCACGCUGUGCCUGGCUACCAUGGAGAGGGGCGAGGACAGCCUGGAGCCGCCCUGCUGCAAAGCGGCACUUGUGGAGAGGAUUGUGGUGCUGAUUGACAAGCUGUCCCACUGUGAAGAAGAGCCCAGCACCAUCCUUCCUUACAGCAUGGCUGUUGUUUGCAUCCUCAGCAAACUGAAGCCAGCCCUGGAGCCAGCCCUGGAAUCGCGCCUCCUCUACACCGCCCUCCACAAGACCUUCCUGAUGGCCACAGGGCACAACAGCCAGCACAUCCAGGGCAUGCAGCGGAUCAGCGUGGAGUACCUGGAGGCCACGCUGAGGUGUCUGCUGGCAACUGCCCCCAGCCUGGCCAGGCUGCAGUUCAUCGGAGAGCACUUGACCUUGUGGCUCCAGCUGGAAGAUGAGAGGGACAGAGCCACGGCCAUGAAGAUCACCACCAGCCUGCUCUGCUUUGCAGUCUCCCUCCUCCCACAGUUUGAGGACUCGCCCAAGGUGCCCCUGGUGGGUGACCUGGUGGCCCUGCUGGGUCUGUGCAUCAGCGACCCAGUGGAGGAGAUCAGCCGCCAGGCCAAGGAGGGCCUCUCCCACCUCUACAAGAUCUUGAUGCAUCAGAAGGGGCAAGACAUCCAAGAGGCACAGGAGCUGUGGCCCAUCAGCCAGCACCAGCACCACCUACACCGAAUCCUCCUCUACAUCGAUCUGGCCACAACGGGAGAGGCCUUCAGGAAGAUCCUCUCCGAAGACCAGAGGAGAGCGUUUGCACAGAGGGCACUGCUGGGGAUCCACCACAUCACACUGCACGUGAGCCAGGCCGGGGUGGUUCUGCUCUAUGCCAUCAUGGGACAAGCUGGCCACCUGACGGGGGCAGAGGAGAAGGAAAUUCCCGUCAGGGUACUGAGGAAGCUCCUGAUCCUGAAAUGCUUCCAUCAGCUGCCCAAAGAGCUGCAGAGGCACAGUCAUCUGGAGAGUGCCUCAAGGAUCCCCUCCUCUCCGCAGCAGCCCCAUCCAUCCUGA